GCUUGUCGCCGUUUGUGUCGUUUUCUCGCCCGAUAUCGCCCAGGAUCCAUCUCAGCCUCAGACCAAAAGCCAAAGCCAGGCACAUCUCAUUCCCGCCGCAUAUCGAUCGAUAGCCAGCGAACUACCGGCCAGGCGCCUAGCAUUAAGGACUCUGCCGCAGCACCGCGGCAGCCUCUACCAGCGGCUCCGAUCCGAGGUCCUUGGGGAUCUUGUCAUCCGGGCCUGCUGCUCGUCUGCGUCGCAAGAGCAAAGAAGCGAUGGCUUCUCUGUCAGGCAGCCACAAAUCUUCGGACAGCAAGCGCCGCAGCUGGUACGACACGGAUGUCGGCGCUCAUAACCUCCCGCCAGUGCCCACGAUUCCAGAGUCUGCUACCCGCGAGUACCACAACCCGCCAGCGACGCCAGCCGUCAGCGGCUUUCCUAGCGAUCGCAUGCAUUUCGCGAGACCCACCACUGGCAUUUCAUUGUCCUCCCUGCAGCGACGGCCGCAAUCGUCGCACUCAAACGCUGCCAGCCACCACCGCAUAGCCAGCAAUAGCAACGGCGGCCCAGGACACAGUACAAACACGGUGUUUGGGCCAAACCGCCAAGAGUCCAAUGUCCGCGCGCUGAUCAACGACUUUGCCACUUGGGAGAGUCCGACAGCCAGCAUUAUGAUGUUCCAGCGCGAAUGGAAGCUGCCCUCGUUCCAGCAGAUUGUCUCGACGCAGAACGCGACGACGUGGGCCAAAAACAACGGGUGGGCGGUCACCAUGUCCAGUGAGCUGUUCUUCAUGGCAUACAUAUUCUACAAGCUGCCAAAGGAUGUAAAUGCGACUCAGAACCAGGCGGCCGGUGAGAAGAUUGUCAGCGAUCGGCUGCUGCUUCGCAUGCGGUUUGCCAUGGAGGACUUUGAAGGCAAAGUUGUGGCCGGUGAGGCCUGGCGCGAUGCGAUCACGGCGAUAAUCCUGACGAUUGACGCUCGCAUUGCUCCCAACUGCCCGGUGGCCAGCUCCAAGCGCAACUUUAGCCAGGUGUCACUCGACACGAUCGAGCAGUCGGCGUUGCACGACAGCUUGCCGCCGAGAAUCACAUCCGGCGCAUGAAGAUUUAGAGAAGCACUUGUCCAAGGUGACAGAGGCGUUUUCGAGCCAUUUUGGCCGCGCCAAGAGGAUCAUGUGCCCAUUUUCAACACGUUCCCUCGCCGUCGCACCGACGAGACCACUAGCAGCAUGGUCGUCGAGAAGAAGCCGAUCCGGCGAGCUCGCGGGUGGAGUAUGAUCCCAACGCUCCUGACAUUCAAAUCGGACGAGCCCGAGGUCCCCGUGCGGCCCGAAUCCCCAACGCUUAGCACGCAUUCCAGAAAGCGCCCGUUGUACCCGAUGGGCCUGUCGCUCGCUGGCAUCUCCCCGGGUGUGGGUCCGGGCCCGAGCAGCGGUUUGGGCAUCAGCGAGCA